AUGGCGACGAGGGGGCCGUCGCCGGCGUCUUCUUUCACGCCGUCUCCACUGCCGCCCGACGCCCCGCCUACGCUCCAUUCGGCCACUGCCCCCGCGAUCUCCCCGAUCCGGCCCUCUCCUUCCUACCCCCCGCUGUCUCCGUCGGCUCCUCCUCCCACGGCCUCGUCCUCUGCCGCGGCGCCUGUCCUCCUACUACAUCUGCAACCCCGCCACCGCGCGCUGGACCCCAAUUCCCCCGCCCUCCCCGCCCCCACCCCUUUCUCUCUUCUCCUGCCCUCGUCCUCGUCUCCCGGCCCCGAUUCCCCUUCCCUCUUCCACCUCGUCUGCCUCCUCGAGUCAGGCACCGGCGGCGCCACGCCUACCGUUCGACACCUUCUCCUCCGCGACUGGCGAAUGGCGGUCCGACCCGGCGCCUUUCCCCGCCGACCCGAUCGUCCCCGGCUCCGGCGUCUCGGCCGCCGGCAUGGCCUGCUGGAGGACGCCUCGACGGCGGUACUCGCCUACGAUCCGGCCGCCGGCGCUGCCCGGAUCGUCCCGGCGCCCCCCGGGUGCGGCGACGACUGGCAGCUCGGGGAGGCCGGCGCGGGCGGCUAUGCUGCGCGCCGCGUGACGGAGUCCGCCCGUGGAGAUCCACGCCCUGGGGGCCAUCGGACCGGUGGACCCUUCUUGGGCUGUUCGCUGUGGCGGCGGGUGCGGACGGCGGGGACAAGUGGGAGGGCGGGGAGCCGAUUGUGUGCCGCGAGGCGCCGCGGCCGCUGA